CUUGAAUGUGAAUGAGUGCUGCGAUCCCUCUGGCAAUUCACCUUAAGUGGCCUGCUUGUCAUCCCCACCAUCAUUUGCCCAACUUCGCAGCGCGCUUCGUGCUCACUUCAUGCGCAACACACUGCUGAUAGGCUCGACUUGAAAGACGGUCCUCGCGCGCGCACACCCACCCUCCUGGAACCAUGGUUCGACCUGCCGCGCCUUCUACGCGCAAUGCGAUCUUCAACCUCAUGCGGCAAGCACAUGGGGCGGGCUGCCCGUGCCACGGAUGCUCGAGCAUGCGAGGAGAGACGACUUCAGCUUUGCGAGCAGGAUUGGGCAUGAUCAACACUCACAACACGCUCUCCUCAACUCGGCGGUCCUAUGCCUCUCCCGUUCCUCUGGCUGCUCAAAAGGAGUACGCCUUCGAGCUUGCGGCCAGCAACAUUCGAUUUGGAGAAGGAGUGACGCAGGAGUUGGGCCAGGACUUCAAGAACAUGAAGGCGAGAAAGGUGGGCGUAUUCACGGAUAGCACAGUCAGGCACUUGACCCCUAUGAAGCAAUCCAUCGAAGCGCUGGAGCGUGAAGGUGUCAAGUACGAGAUCUUUGACCGAGUACGCGUGGAGCCCAACGACAAGAGCUGGGCGGACGCCAUCUCUUUUGCUCGAGCCAACGACUUUUCUCACUUUUUGGCAGUGGGCGGGGGAAGCGCAAUGGACACUGCCAAAGUGGCCAACUUGUUCACUUGCUAUCCUGAAGCGGAUAUUUUGGAGUUCGUGAAUGCGCCUAUAGGUAGGGGCACGCCGGUGGACAAGGUCUUGAGACCCCUGCUUGCUGUUCCUACCACAGCGGGUACAGGCUCAGAGACGACAGGCACGGCCAUCUUUGAUCACACAGAGACGUCAGCCAAGACGGGCAUCGCCUCGCGUGCCAUGCGACCUCUGCUCGGAAUCGUCGAUCCGUACAACACCGAGACGUGCCCGACGGCUGUUCAUGUCAGUGCAGGUCUUGACGUGCUCUUCCACGCCCUCGAGAGCUACACUGCUAUCCCCUACACCGAAAGAGCAAGACCAGCGGGUCCUCUGCAAAGGCCAGCUUACCAGGGCCGGAAUCCCAUCUCGGACGUCUUUUCGCUCUGGGCCUUGAAGCAGACUGUCAAGUACCUCCCUCGCGUGGCCAAAGACCGGACAGAUGUAGAGGCUCGCGGACAGAUGCUUCUAGCUGCUACAUUUGCAGGCAUCGGCUUUGGAAAUGCGGGUGUGCAUCUCUGUCAUGGAAUCUCGUACCCCAUCUCGGGGCUCAACAAGACCCUGGCCAAUUACUAUCAUCCCGGCUAUGCGUCUGAUCAUCCCAUCAUUCCUCAUGGUCUUUCCGUCUGCUUGACUGGUCCAGCAGUCUUUGAGUUCACAGCCGCAUCAGCGCCCGAAAGGCACAGAGAAAUUGCGGAAAUCUUUGCUACGGAGGAAGACGCUGGACAGGAUUCGAUCGCUAGGCUGGCCGACGACCAGAUCGGACAGGUUGUCUACGACCGUAUUGCUCGAUUCCUCACCAAGACUCUCGGCAUGCCUAGAGGUCUUGCUGCUGUCGGAUACAAGUCGGAACAUGUGUCCGCCCUCGUCAAAGGGUCCAUUCCUCAGCGUCGUGUUCUCGACUUGGCACCUGGCAUUGGCGACGUGACUGGUGGCUCGGAUGGCCAGGCGCAGCUCACUCAAAUCAUCGAGCGCAGUCUUAGCUACUGAUGAUGCCACCAGGCACUGCCUGACUCUUGGAUCUUUGACAGGAUUGCCGCCAAGGACGUGCAAGGCGUAAGCCUAGUGAGGUGUAGUAAUUUAUUAUUAUACAAGUUGCAGACAUGCUACCAUUGCUAUCCUGC